CCUUCGAUCGAUCCGGCGAUCAAUCGAUCGCGAUGGGCAAUGCGAAUGCGACGGGCGGGGGCGAGCCGAUGCAGAGCUCGCAACCGCGGAUCUCCGAGCAUGAAGGGAAGCUAGGGCACGCGGGGGGAUCGUCGGAGUAUCUCUCAGACAGUCCUGGAGAAUCGGUGCGAUGCCCGCUCAUGUUUGCUCCACAGGCACCCAUGGCUCCUAUAAGCAAACCAGAUGGAAUCGGUGUGUAUGAGCCAAAUCUCUACAAAGAACACGGUGGUGAGAAGGGAAUCCCGUGUAUGAUCGUGUGGAACCUCGGAGGAAACAACGUUUCCAUCGAGGGCUCAUGGGACAACUGGAGCACCAGGCAGCCACUCCAGAGAUCUGGGAAGGACUUCUCCAUCCUAAAGUUGCUCCCGGCGGGAGUUUACCAGUUUAAGUUCUUCGUGGAUGGCGAGUGGAGGCACGCUCCAGAUCUUCCCUGCUCCAAGGACGAAGCUGGGAACGUGAGCAAUCUCAUCGAAGUCCAGGAAUACGUUCCAGAAAACCUUGACAACGUCGUGAGCUUCGAGCCGCCAUUGUCUCCAGACUCGAGCUACACGAAUCCAUUCCCGGGCCCGGAAGAUUUCGCAAAGGAGCCACCGGCAGUUCCUCCGCAUCUUCACCUCACACUGCUCAACGUCCCCUCCUCGUCUGGAGACGCCCCGGCCUCCAUGCCGCGGCCGCAGCACGUAAUCCUCAACCAUCUCUACGUGGAGAAAGGGAGGAGCUCGCGAUCGGUGCUGGCGCUGGGCGCUACUCACAGGUUUAGAUCAAAGUACGUGACGGUGGUGGUGUACAGGCCUCUCCGAAAGUGAUCACAGCUUUUAAAAAAGUGUUUCACUACGUAGAAAAAAAGAACUUUGGAGAACACCAAAGAAGUUUAGCGAGAACGAAGAACUUCCAACGACCACAGAGGGAUUCGAACCCUCGACCUUCAGAUCCGAAGUCUGACGCGCUAAUCCACUGCGCUAUGCGGCCAAUAACACGCUAAACGUAGUUUUGGUUUGUUAGUAAGUAAUAACACACUCUUCUAGUU